AUGACUGUGCUGCUGUCUACUCCCACAGUUCUUCCCCACAGACAGACAGGUGGCAAGUCCCAGUAUAGUCUACUCCCACAGCCCUUCCCCCACAUACAGGCAGGUGGCAGGUCCCAGUAUAGUCUACUCCCACAGCCCUUCCCCCACAGACAGACAGGUGGCAGGUCCCAGUAUAGUCUACUCCCACAGCCCCUCCCCCACAGACAGACAGGUCCCAGGUCCCAGUAUAGUCUACUCCCACAGCCCUUCCCCACAGACAGACAGGUGGCAGGUCCCAGUAUAGUCUACUCCCACAGCCCUUCCCCCACAGACAGACAGGUGGCAGGUCCCAGUAUAGUCUACUCCCACAGCCCUUCCCCCACAGACAGGCAGGUGGCAGGUCCCAGUAUAGUCUACUCCCACAGCCCUUCCCCCACAGACAGACAGGUGCCAGGUCCCAGUAUAGUCUACUCCCACAGCCCUCCCCCCACAGACAGGCAGGUGGCAGGUCCCAGUAUAGUCUACUCCCACAGCCCUUCCCCCACAGACAGACAGGUGGCAGUGCCAGGUCCCAGUAUAGUCUACUCCCACAGCCCUUCCCCCACAGACAGACAGACAGGUGGCAGGUCCCAGUAUAGUCUACUCCCACAGCCCUCCCCCACAGACAGACAGACAGGUGGCAGGUCCCAGUAUAGUCUACUCCCACAGCCCUUCCCCCACAGACAGACAGGUGGCAGGUCCCAGUAUAGUCUACUCCCACAGCCCUUCCCCACAGACAGACAGACAGGUGGCAGGUCCCAGUAUAGUCUACUCCCACAGCCCUUCCCCCACAGACAGACAGGUCCCAGGUCCCAGUAUAGUCUACUCCCACAGCCCUUCCCCCACAGACAGACAGGUGCCAGGUCCCAGUAUAGUCUACUCCCACAGCCCUUCCCCCACAGACAGACAGGUGGAAGGUCCCAGUAUAGUCUACUCCCACAGUUCUUCCCCACAGACAGACAGGUGCCAGGUCCCAGUAUAGUCUACUCCCACAGCCCUUCCCCCACAGACAGACAGGUCCCAGUAUAGUCUACUCCCACAGCCCUCCCCCACAGACAGGCAGGUGGCAGGUCCCAGUAUAGUCAACUCCCACAGCCCUUCCCCCACAGACAGACAGGUGGCAGGUCCCAGUAUAGUCUACUCCCACAGCCCUUCCCCCACAGGCAGACAGGUGGCAGGUCCCAGUAUAGUCUACUCCCACAGCCCUUCCCCCACAGACAGACAGGUGGCAGGUCCCAGUAUAGUCUACUCCCACAGACAGGCAGGUGGCAGGUCCCAGUAUAGUCUACUCCCACAGCCCUUCCCCCACAGACAGACAGGUGGCAGGUCCCAGUAUAGUCUACUCCCACAGGCAGACAGGUGGCAGGUCCCAGUAUAGUCUACUCCCACAGCCCUUCCCCCACAGGCAGACAGGUGGCAGGUCCCAGUAUAGUCUACUCCCACAGACAGGCAGGUACCAGGUCCCAGUAUAGUCUACUCCCACAGCCCUUCCCCCACAGACAGACAGGUGGCAGGUCCCAGUAUAGUCUACUCCCACAGACAGGCAGGUGGCAGGUCCCAGUAUAGUCUACUCCCACAGUCCUUCCCCCACAGACAGACAGGUGGCAGGUCCCAGUAUAGUCUACUCCCACAGCCCUUUCCCCACAGACAGACAGGUGGCAGGUCCCAGUAUAGUCUACUCCCACAGUCCUUCCCCCACAGACAGACAGGUGGCAGGUCCCAGUAUAGUCUACUCCCACAGCCCUUCCCCCACAGACAGACAGGUGGCAGGUCCCAGUAUAGGCUACUCCCACAGCCUUUCCCCCACAGGCAGACAGAUGCUAGAUGUCAGUGGUCUUGGUUAGAGGUGUUGCUAGAUGGCAGUGGUCUUGGUUACCGGUGUUGCUAGAUGGCAGUGGUCUUGGUUGCCGGUG